GCUAGAAACAAUGGAUGCAAAGUUGGCUAAUUUAAUCUCGAAAGUUUGCCUUGCAAAGUUCAACAGUUUGCCAAAGACUGGAAAGCCGAAAGCAGAGUACGAGUGGAGCAUUCUGUCCGCGAUAGUCUUGGUGGAUGCGGCCAAGGCAGGUGACCCCAAAGUAGUAUCGCUUGGCACCGGAACAAAGUGUUUGGGCGCAGAUCAACUUAGUGAAAAGGGAGACAUUCUGAACGACAGCCAUGCGGAAGUCAUGGCUAGAAGAGGAUUUUUGCGUUUCCUUAUGCAACAGAUGACGAGUGCUUUGAAGAAUGGAUCGAGUAUUUUCGAGUUCAACUCUGAAUCGAGGAAGUUCUCGUGUAAGUCCGGAAUAUCGUUCCACUUCUUCACUACCCACAGUCCAUGUGGAGAUGCAAGCAUCUACUCUGAAACCAGUCGAUCAUCCGACGAGCCGUCUCCAAAGCGAGUCAAACUUUCCGCUGAAGGAAUGACCGGUGGCAAACUACUUUCCCCGUCAGCCUCGGAUGCGAUGGCCCAGGACGUAGGCAAAAUCCGAACGAAACCCGGUAAAGGCGUCCGCACCCUAUCCCUGUCCUGUAGCGACAAAAUGGCUCGCUGGGCCAUUCUCGGAGUGCAGGGAUCGUUGCUGAUGAUGCUUCUCGAUCGGCCAAUCUAUCUGGAAAGCGUCGUCAUUUGCGACGGAACGGACUUCUGCAAUGAGGCAAUCGAGCGGGCGCUAUGGAAGCGAUGGGAUCCGGAUGUGGUGGAGGGUGCGCUGCGUGAGCCAUUCCGACAGGUCAAACCGACGAUUGUGGCCGCCAGCAACGGGUUGAUGUUUCAGUUUAGGAAAAAUCGACCCGUUUGUGGCGGUGGAAAGUUUCAACCGGCGCCGGGAGGAAUCGUUUGGUGUAGCGAUGUGGAGAGGAACGCGCUGGAGGUGGAAAUUGGUGGCCGCCGGCAGGGCGUUACCAAGAAGAUGCUUGCCACUCCGGCAGCCCGGCUCAAGAUAUCGAAAAUUGAAUUAUUUGCCACGUUUGCAGCGGUUUGGAAGGCGGCGCCAGGUUCCGGAGCUGACAUGGACACUUUGCGGUACGUUGACGUCAAGAACCGAUCCCGCCCGUACCGGGAGCAGUGGGAUGCACUACGGGUCGCCGUGUUCUCGGAGUGGAGUGCCAAACCGAGCAGCUUGUUAACUUUUGACCUUUGUUCGGGGGGCAAGUGAGGUGGGUGUUUGUUGGAUAUUGGGUUUUCUCAAAUAAAUGAGUAGAAGUCUGCA